CUGAUGUUGAAGAGAAAAGACAAUAGGGGAAUGUCAACUCAUGGCUACAAUCAGCACUGAAAGACAAACCCGAACAGUGUCAUAUGAAGAUUUGUCUUGAACACCAUCCUGUAUGCUACAUUUUUAUCUCAAACGGUUGUGCAAGAUAAGCAAUCAGAGGGAUGUCAAACCAUGGCUACAGUGAGCACUGAAAGACAAAACCCAACAGUCCUGUUUGACUUCCUCUCCAACCUUGGACUACAGAAAUAUUAUCCGAACAAACUCACCCUCGACUCUCUGUUGGAAGUCAACAAAAGUAGCCUAUCUGAAAGUGCCGUUUUAUCAGAAGAUGAAAUACCAUUUGUUUUCCUUAGAAAACUGUUCAAAAUCAAUGCUGAAUGCAGAAAAUGUACAAAGGGACUAAGUAAUCAUGGAAAGACCGAAGCCACUCUCGACCAGCUGGACAUUUACACUGCACCUGACUCAGAAAACACAGUUCAUCCUCUUGACCUGAUAGUAGGUCUAUUUCUUUGUGCCGACAGCUUCUUGCGACAGGAAAUGGCUCUCAAGAUGUCAUUAUGCCAGUUUUCAGUCCCACUGUUGUUGCCCCACUGCAACAACAAUCAAUCUACUCUGAUGUUAUGGACAUUGAGAGAAAUUGUAAAAGAAUGGUGUCCACAUGAGUUGUCUGAGACAAAAGGAUUUGUGGAGAAGUACAUUGUCGAAGCAUCUAUACCAUUCCUUUCCUUUGUGAGGCUGAAAAACUGCAGUUUAUCCAAAUCUCAGUUCUUAAAUCACAUCCUCAGCCGUGGCCAACAGAACCACAGCAUGUUCAUACACAGAGACAUGGAAGGAGGGGCACGAAGAAGAAAAAUUGCAAAUACGUUGGUGGAGGUUGGCUGGUUCCUUCCUAGUGGGAGAGAAAAUACUGACAUAUUCCCAGAGCCUAUUGCAUUCGCAAAUUUGCGAGGUGAUAUUUGUGAGUCGCUCACACAGUUUACCUUCCUUUAUGAAGUGUCCAAUGCAAUCUUUGUAUUCAUGGACAAAGUUGAAGAAAAGGAGCAUGAAAUUCUGACAGCUCUUGAAGACGCGAAAUCAAAACUGCAUUUUGUUGUUAAUCGCAAAGACAGCAACUCUGCGGACAUAACGUCUGUCAAGAAAUCAAUGCAGGAACUGGAAUUACCAAAAACCAACAUUAAAAUCAAAGACUCGAGGGUGAAUGUGGCAGGAUUUUCUCAGAAACUGUGUGGAGCCAUCAAAAAUUCACUGUCUACUGUGAAAAAAACAAUGAGUAUUGAAAAUAUGAGCACAAAAGCAAUCAAAUCGGGACUUUCAGUGGAUGAAAACAUUACUCUCGACCAGAAAAAAACCGCUGAACAUGUCAUGAAGGGUAUUAGUACACAAAGUAUACCACAUUACAAAAAAAAACAACUGCCUUUGCAAGGAGAAAAUUGGAAGAAGUUAUCACAACUGGAGAUGAAGGAAUGCAGAAUGAAUGAUGUUAGCACAGUUGGUGGUGAGCAUUACAAAGCUCAACUACAGCAGGAGAAAAAAAAGCUUUGGAAAGAACAAGACAAGAAAAAGCGGCCAAGAGGAAUGCAAGAUUUUAUUGACACCUUAGCAAGAAGCAACAAAGAAGAAAAGCGCUACCUUUUGAAGUGGAUGAAAUUCAUAUGUAAUAACAACUCCCGUGACACCCUUACUGCCCUGCGAAACAAAUUCAAAGAGCAAUGCAAAAAGAAGGAUGCCAAACUCAUUGCAGAGAUUGAUCAAGAAUUGUUGGACAGCUCUUUAGGAGUUGAGCAUUACAUGAGAGAAAUGGGAAUAAACUAUGAGGUUUCCAUGCAGUCGCACGGUGGUGCAGAAAAAUUGUCUUAUUUGCCUUCUGUAGCUGCUGAAAUGUUGCUGGAUGGAUAUCCAUUGGAGUUUUUAGAUGGAGAUGCUUCAAAUAUACCAGAGAAGUGGAUGACCGCCGUGUUAAUGGAGCUUCACAAGAAAGUCGGUGAAAAAAGCAAGCUGAUAGCAAUAUCUGUGUUGGGUGUUCAAAGCACUGGAAAAUCAACACUUCUCAACACCAUGUUUGGUGUUCACUUUCCAGUCAGCAGUGGCAGAUGCACAAGAGGCGCCUACAUGUUAUUCCUCAAAGUUGGAGUUGAUACCAAAGAGAAAUUGGGUUGUGACUUCAUCCUUCUUAUUGAUACUGAAGGUCUGAAAUCCCCUGAUCUUGCACAACUAGAAAGUAGCUAUGAGCACGACAACCAGCUGGCAACCUUCGUCAUCGGUUUAAGUGAUGUCACCAUUGUCAACGUUGCAAUGGAGAAUGCAACGGAAAUGAAAGACACCCUGCAAAUUGCUGUCCAUGCUUUUAUGCGAAUGAAACAAAUUGGGAAAAAAACAGUUUGUCAUUUUGUCCACCAAAAUGUUGCUGGAGUGUCUGCACAUGACAAGACCUUGACAGAGAGACACCAUCUAUUGGAUCAGCUCAAUGAAAUGACAAAAAUUGCAGCUGAAAUGGAGAAACAGUCUACAAUUCAAGCAUUUACGGAUGUGCUCGACUAUGACUUGGAAAACAACAACUGGAACAUUCCAGGGCUUUGGCAUGGAACGCCUCCAAUGGCACCAGUAAACACCGGUUACAGUGAGGCUGUAGCAGACUUCAAGAAAAAUCUUCUGGAGACCUUGGGAAAAGAAAAGCGAAAUGACAUUGGCAAUAUUCCAGAGUUUCUUGAAUGGAUGCGUAGUCUGUGGAAAUCAGUCAAAUAUGAGAAUUUCAUCUUUAAUUUCAGAAACACACUUGUGGCUCAUGCUUAUGACAACUUGUGCAAAGAGUUUGGCCAGUGGGAAUGGCAGAUGCGAAAAGAAAUCCUCUCCUGGCAGAAAGAAGCAGAGUUGGAAAUUUUAAAUGCUCACGAACCUGAAUGGGGCACAUGUGACAGGUUGCUCAUAUCAAGGAAAUCAAAACUACUUGAGGAAAUUGAAGUACAGCAAACCAAAUUGAAUGAGAAGCUUACCAACUAUUACAGAAGGACAGACAGACAUGUUAAUUUGAUAGAGAAAUACAAAACCGACUUUAUCAGUUCUAUCAGCAGUCUGUCAAAUGAGAUUCGAUAUUCAGUGAAUAAUGAAUUGGACAGAGCCUUUGAGCGCAAAAUCGGCUUGCAAAAAGUGCAGGAUGUGCAACGGAAGUACCGGAGUGUGAUUGAAAAGAGAGUCAUGAAACUUCUGCAUGACUUCAAAGACAUGAGAUUGUCUGAUGACCAACUAAAAGAGGAGUUUGAGAAAAUGUGGAAUGAAGCUACUGCCAAUGUUCCCACACUAGAAGAACAAGAUAUACCUUCAAAAAUUCUCACCCAACUGAAGGAACAUUUCUCAAAUCACAAAGUAAAUGAAAAACUAGGACAUAUUAAAAGCCUAAGGGAUUUGGGAAUGGAACCAUUUAAGACCAGAAGUGAACAUCAAAAUUUGAAGAAGUUAAUUCAGAAUAUCUGGACAGGAGACUUUGAAAUUUUUGCAAAGGGAAUUAUUGAAUUAUCCACCCGAUUUAUUGUUGAUAAAAGUAAGUCAGAUGCUGACUACCAUGAUUCUUUCACAAGGGAUCUGCUGCAGAUGAUUGAUGAAAAGCUGAGUGAAGGUUACAAGCGUCAUCAAACCACCAAUAAGUUUGAGAUCGACAUCAAACUUCAUAUUUGUGGCAUUGCUGCAACAGAAUUCCACAAGAUGCACCAACAGUUCUUGUCAAGGAAUGACCCUCGAAAACAACUGGAAAAGUCCAAGAAUCAGUACUUGUUAGACUUUCUGGAUUCUUACAAGGAAAACAAUGAUUGCAAACGCAAAGCAGAUGAUUUUGUCCAGCUUUGUUUCAAGCCAGCAAUUGAGGAUUACAUCAACCGAGCUUUGGGAAUUGACAUUGUGGAUGAUAUUUUGACAAGCAGCCAUUCAAUGAUGUACAGUUCACGCUCUUGUUUUCAAUACGACAUUCAGAGAGAAUUAUUGGAGAAAGAUGAUUUCGAUACUUUUGUCAAGUACAUUUUGUACUAUGAAACAUAUGUUAAGGAUCAGAUUCUUCUUCAUAUCAGUCAGAAAAUGGACAAGGACAAGAUGUUGUUCAAAUUAAAGAAGAACAACUUGGAGGCUGUGGUUUCUAAAUUAAUUAAUGCAAUGACACAGUCCUCAAAUAUGGUAUCAGAUGACGAUGCAAAUAUUUCAAAUCUCGUCAAGGAAAUGCGCAAAUCUUUGGUUAAAGACAUUGUAAUAUCAGAGGAAGCACAAAAUGGCAGUCUUUUUCAGAUCAAAAGCACAUGCCAGUCAUUUACACAAAGUGUCAUUGUGUCUUUGAAUGAAUUGAAAGAAACACUCCUUGAUACAUUUUCCAAAGCUCAAGAUGUAACUGAAUGUCUUGAUCAACUUGCAAUAAAACCACAGGAUGAGCUUUUCAAGCGAAUAUUCGGAUGUGGACACCAGUGCCCGUUUUGUCGCGUUCCUUGUGAAGCAGGCGGCAAAGAACACAAGAAACAUCAUGCAGCUGUGCAUCGACCACAGGCACUUGGAGGAUACAGGAUCAUAGAAACUCAGAUACUUCAUGAAACUCUGUGUACGACUGACGUGCAGAGUAAUAGGCAAUUUAAAAAUCAAGUAACCAGUGAAAAGGUUGUUCCUUACAGAGACUACCACCUCUACUAUCCUGACUGGCACAUUCCCCCAGACUCUACAAUGGAAGCGUCUGAUUACUGGAAAUACAUACUGGUGCGCUACAAUGACCAAUUUGCAAAAGAGUAUAAUGCCAAGCCAGCCAUUGUUCCAGAGGCCUGGAAGAACAUCACAAAGGAGGAAGCGCUGAAGGGUUUGAAGGAUGCCUUCAGUAUGAAAUAA